AUGCCCCAGUCUCCAGUAAUACUGUCUAGUCCUUAUGGCUCUGAGCGGCUAGUACGUCUAGCAGCCAGACUCCGACCAGCACUAUGUGACACACUGAUCACUGUGGAGAGCCAAGAGUUUCCUGCCCACAGUCUGGUGCUGGCAGGUGUGAGCCAGCAGCUGGGCCGCAAGGGCCACUGGACUCUGGUAAAAGGCAUCAGCCCUUCUACCUUUGCCCAGGUGUUACACUUUGUUUAUGGGGAAAGUGUAGAGCUGCAGCCUGGAGAACUGGAGCCCCUUGAAGCAGCAGCCAAGGUCCUGGAAGUACAGUCCCUGGAAGAGGUGUGCAGGAGGGCUCGAAGGAACAGGGCUAGAGAAGAAAUGGGUUCUAGGAUGAAGGAGAAUCAGGAGCCAGACAAACUCACGUGGAAUUCUGAGAGUGAACUAGGGGUUCUUGAAGAGAAAAGACGACUAAUGAAGUUUGUUGGUGUUGGUGGGGGGCAACAGCAGGAGCACAGGCCAGCAGGAAGGAGCCCUGAGCUGGCGAGGGCAAUGCAGACGGGUGAAGGAGAGCAGAUGAUAGCAGUGAAGCCCAGCCCGUCCUCCCUGGACCACCGGGAGGCAGAUGGGAAACCAGAAGUAAUCACGAGAAGGGAAAAUGCAGGUUCUGAGAGUCUUGGGGAGUUCCCAGGCCCCAUCCCUCCACCAAGUUCCCUCCAAACCAGCAGCAUCCCUAGGCCCUGUCGAGCUGGAGCCCCAUGGUGGGGGGAGGGCCAGCCUGCCCUGUGGAGCAUCCUGCUGUUGCCACCCAGAUGUGGCAAUCCCUUCUCCCAUAGCACCCCCAUCACUGGAGCCUGGCAGGUCUGGCCUUGGGACCAGAGGAUCUUACCACCCCUGUAUCCCCACAAAGGGUUCUGGAGCCAGAACCAGUUGGCCUUCUCCAGCCCUACCCCAGGUUCCCUCCCCCAGGGCUCCACCCAGUUCAGCCCUGGGGAGAUGGACAAGUGUGACCGGAGGCCCAGCGAUGCUUUUGCAGCCUGUGUGGGUCAAGUGGGCACAGAAGGCCACCGGGCUCAGCUGCCCCCGCCUGCUCGGUCUCGGCCCUAUUCUUGUUCCGUCUGUGGCAAGCGAUUUUCACUCAAACAUCAGUUGGAGACACACUACCGGGUCCACACAGGAGAGAAGCCUUUUUCCUGUAGCCUCUGUCCCCAACGCUCCCGGGACUUCUCGGCCAUGACCAAGCACCUGCGGACACACGGGGCCGCACCCUACCGCUGCCCUCUGUGCCGGGCUGGCUGCCCCAGCCUGGCCUCCAUGCAGGCGCACAUGCGCGGCCACUCGCCCAGCCAGCUCCCGCCCGGAUGGACCAUCCGCUCCACCUUCCUCUACUCCUCCUCGCGACCUGCCAGGGCCUGGGCCUCGCCCUCGCCCUCUCCCUCUAGCGCCCCUUCCUCCACCACCUGA